ACGGAUUUUCACUGUGUUAGCCAGGAUGGUCUCAAUCUCCUGACCUCGUGAUCCACCCGCCUCAGCCUUCCAAAGCGCUGGGAUUACAGCCAUGAGCCACCGCACCUGGCCGCCGGCAUCUUUAAUUCAGACUGCCAGCUUCCAGAACCCUGAGAAAUACACUUCUGUUGUACGUGCCAGUCCAUGGUGUUCUGUUACAUCAGCCCAAAGAGAAUAAGACCUCGUGGUAACAGGCCAUGAUGACCCCCUAGUGAUUGCUUUUGCCUGAUCAAGGCAAGGCACCCCCGCCCUGAGCCAGAUGCUGAGAGGGUGUGGUAGGGGCUGCACAGCGAGGGGCUGAGCCCGGUGGCUGCUAGUGCUCCUGCCUCUGACCGCCACCAUGUAUCCAGGAUCCCUGCUGGCCAGGGCGCCCACCUGCCUGCUCCAGUUUGGUUCAGGACAGGUGUGUGUGGUUCCCAAGGGACCCAGUGCAGCCACAGUGGACCCCCACCUGCCUCCAGAGGGAAAUAAACAGAUAAAUAUACCAAGACAGCUAUGGGGUGCUGGGGUGAGCGGUUUAUUGGAUGUUUAAAGGACAGGGAUCUGAACUCCUAGUGACUGCAGAGUGAGCGAGCACCCUGGGCUGUCCUGCAGGGCUGUCCGUGCUGGAUGUGGUGCCAGUAGGCAGGGCUUGGGGACAGGCAUUUGCUGCAGGUGGCUGGGGUGGUGGGGGGCUGGUCUCCAGAUGCCUGGAAGGGAGGCCUUGAAAGUCAUUCUUCUUGGAUGCACGGGCCCAUGGCAUUUCUUGGUAGAAGGUCAAAGAGAAGUGUUCAUGCUUGGCAAGGCAGGAGGGUGGGAGAUAGGGCAGUGGGUGGGGAAGGAGAGUCUGGCUCACUGGGUGCCAGGAAAAGGAGGUAAAGGCUGGGCAGGAACCCCUGGCCAUGGUAAGAGUCCUGCAAAGCCAGAAUUCAGAUCUUGCACUGGGAGCACACGGGGACACAGCAGCUGGACUGGGAGCAGCAGGGCUUGCAGCAGCUGGACUGGCAGCAGGAUGACCCACAGCCUGAGGAACAGCAGCAGGGCUUACAGCAACUGCACUGGGAGCAGGAUGACCCACAGCCUCCCUUAGACCCCCCACAAGAGCCACAGCUAGAGCAGGAACAGCAACACAUGGGCUUGCAGCAGCAGAUGGGCACACAGCAGCUGGAGCCGCAGCCCCCACGGCCGGAGCCACAGCCCCCCUUGGAUCCCCCACAAGAGCCACAGCCCCCCUUGCAGCCUCCACAGGAGCCACAGCCCCCCUUGGAGCCCCCACAAGAGCCACAGCCCUCUUUGCCACAGCUGGAGCAGGAACAGGCUGGCACACAGCAGCACACGGGCUUGCAGCAGCAGAUGGGCACACAGCAGCUGGAGCCACAACCCCCACAGCCGGAGCCACAGCCCCCACAGCCGGAGCCACAGCCACCACAGCCGGAGCCACAGCCGCCACAGCCGGAGCCACAGCCCCCACAGCCGGAGCCACAGCCCCCACAGCCGGAGCCACAGCCACCACAGCCGGAGCCACAGCCCCCACAGCCGGAGUCACAGCCGCCACAGCUGGAGCCACAGCCCCCACAGCUGGAGCCAGUGCCUCCAGAGCAGCCGCAACAGCCCAUGGUUCUGGUGGGUUGAGGGUGGAGCAGGUAGAGGAGCCGGUGAGAGAGAGGUGCAGGUAUGGAGCCCCCUGAGCCUGGGCCCUUUAUAUCCCUGCCCAGGAUCAGGUGUGAGGCUGGGCACAUGGUCAUUUCCUGGUUCCUGUUUAUGCCAUUUUUAGGGCCCCUUUUUCUUGUUUCCUCUAGAAAUCCACCCCUUGGUGUAUGAGCUGCUCAGUGGGCCACUGCUGUCUUGCUGAAUCUGUGUCCAGACUUAAUGGAGGCCCCCAAGGGUCUAGCCUCUCCCUGUUGACUCCAGAGUCACAUUGGAUUUACAAAAGCAUCUAUUUUAGGCCAGGCAUGGUGGCUCACACCUGUAAUCUCAGCACUUUGGGAGGCCUAGGCAGGUGGAUCACUUGAGGUGAGGGGUUGGAGACCAGCCUGGCCAAAAUGGUGAAAUCUCAUGUCUACUAAAAACACAAAAAUUAACUGGGUGUGGUGGCUCACAUCUGUAAUCCCAGCACUUUGGGAGGCCGAGGCAGGCGGAUCAUUUGAGGUGAGGAGUUGGAGACCAGCCUGCCCAACAUGGCACAACCCCAUCUCUACUAAAAAUACAAAAAUUAGCCAGGCGUGGUGGUGCAGGCUUGUAACCCCAGCUACUUGGGAGGCUGAGGCAGGAGAAUUGCUUGAACCCAGGAGGUGGAGGUUGCAGUGAGCAGAGAUCACACCACUGCACUCUGGCCUGGGCAACAGAGCGGGACUCUGUCUCAAAAGAAAAAAAAAAGUGGUCUAUUUUAGUUGAACAGAUCGUAUAAAGAGUAAUAUAUUUAAAAAAUGUAAAAAAAACCCUACUCAACUUGGGAAAAAAUGGUGUAAAUAAAUGAAGUCUCUGUUCAUCCAUCUCUCCAUAUUGUUUCUGUCCCACCCUAAUAAUUUCUUGAAUUUGGAAUUUACCACUCUCGUGAAGGUCCUCACACUCCUACUUAAUAUGUAUGUUCCUUUAAAAAUGUUCUGUGGCCAGGUGCAGUGGCUCACGCCUGUAAUUUCAGCACUUUGGGAGGCUGAGGUGGGCGGAUCAUUUGAGUCCAGGAGUUUGAGACCGGCCUCACUAACAUGGUGAAACCUCGUCUUUACUAAAAAUACAAAAAUUAACCAGGCAUGGUGGCAUGUGCCUGUAAUCCCGGCUAUUUGGGAGGCUGAGGCAGGAGAAU